UAAAUGUUCAAAAAUACAUAUUUUAAGUUUAAUACUACAUUAAAUUUUUUAUUAACUUGUUUGUAAUGAAUAUUAUUGACUAUAUUUAGCGUUACAUUGGCCUUGAGAUGCCUUAAUACAGAGCAAUAUGUUUGGAAGAUCAAGGCAUCAAAAUGAUUACUGGUUUGGGUUUUCGCAAAAUCUCUCCACCCCCGUUCCCCAUAGCCAGCAAACCUCGGCACCUAUUCCUCGUCGGCUUCGGCUUCGGCUUCGAAUGGCUUUCCUUCCCUCGGUUGCAUAUCGCACCCGAGUUUACAUCACAUGAGCCGAGCUUACUCCUGGCAUUGCUACAAAAGUGUUUCCAAACUUCAGCGAUGACGGCACUAGCUGGUAAUUUGACGGGCUUCUCAAUGGGGAGUUGUAUUAAGCCUCUGUUACAAACCAAUGCCAACAGUUCGUUUGCUAGUAGCUGCAGUGUUGAAUCCAUCGCAAUGUACCAUGCUAAAAAGUUGAGGUGCUCAGUCUUGCAAAGUGCAGCCACAAGGUCUAGACAGUUGUUACACUCAUUGAAGACAGACGAAUCACUUGAAACUGGAAUAAGGAAGUCGUGGUCAAGACUACUGUCAACGAGGUGGGGUUGCUUGGCCACGGGUCGUUCUAUGGGUGGGUCAAAUUCUGCAUUUCCAAGAACUAGAGAGCGAGACCCCUACAAGCUCUUAGGGAUCCACAGAGAAGCUGGGGAGGAAGAGGUCCGAGAAGUCCGGAUCUACCUUGCUGAAGGUGUGGAGUCGAGUGAGGCUGCGUAUGAUAAGAUUAUGAUGGAGAAAUUGCGUGAAUACCAAAAAUCUCAAUUCAAGCCAAAGAAGGAGAUCAAACCACUGCCAGCUUGGCAGCAAAAGAUUGUUGAUAUGUAUCAAAUUCCGAAUAAAGAAGUCAUUUUAAGGAUAGCCGCUUUUUAUGUUCUGGUUGGAGUAUAGAGCGUGCUCAAACCUGGAAAUGGGGGUCCUGCUUUUCAGGUGCUCACCUCAUUUCUAGCGUGUAUAUUCUUCCUCAAUGACUGUAUCAAGAAGAUUGGCAGGUCUUUUCUUAUUGGAUUCCAUUUACUUAUUUAUAAUCUAGGUUAUUGGAGAAGCAUUAGACUUUGCGGCGAUCCCGGUUGUAAUUUAUAAUGCCGGUCUUUGGCUAUGUACAGAUUUGGCUCGCUGGUCCUGGGCUGGGUGUUCGCCUCCUUGGCACUACUUAUUUCUACAAAGGUUCUUCCUUCGUCGUGGACUCUUGAACUCGCCUCAUCCCUCGUUCCCUAUAUCUUCCUCUGUGGCGCCUGCACAUAUUUGAGAUGACGACGAACUUUCUGCCUGGUUUUUCUGUCACAAAGAGACAGUACAAGAGGUCGUAGACAGCGGAGGUAAAAAGGAUGACGGGAAGCCGUGCUUUGCAUGCCCCUUGUAGCUUUAGAACCUGGUUUUAGUGGUAGUUGAGCCUCAUUUUGAGUGCCAAACGGUGCUCGGUUUCAUUUCACAGAUGAGAGUUUAGAUUUACUUGUACAAAUGUGUACUAAAGUAUAAGGAACGAAGGUGUUUUACAUCAUUACAAAUUCAUAGGUCACAAGGUAUCUAUUGCAAUCGAAAUACUAGAAAUUAGGAUUUCUAUGGUUACCAUUUUACA